AUGAUUCAGUAUCAAGGUUCUCUAGAAGACGACCCUGUUACCACCAUAGCCCGUGGUCUCCGCGAGAAACGACUGCGAUUCACCAAAAAGAUACCGAACGAUCACGACAGCAAUAUCUGCUCACCAAGAGACCGCCGCAGUGCCCUUUCCGUAUUCGACGAAGCCAUCGAAAAGAUCUGCGAAGACAACCGCCUGGAAGUAACUACCGAGGCCGACUACAAGAUCAGGGUGAUCUUGGGGAUCACCAAAGCGCAACCUUCUUCUUCUGUGUUCCAGAAUAAGCAACAACUCUCGCCCAUAGACCCCCAGUAUGCAGAGCCUCGCAUCGAAUGGCACGACGAUCCAUACAGCUAUCACUCGACUUGGAGAUUACAGCAUUGGCGCAAAGACGGAUGGCCCGACUCGUUUCCUGAGAGGGCUAUUCAGAAAGAGCGAACUAUGCAAGGGGAGCCGAGGUCUUGGAAAGAUCAAGACUGGGCUGAGCCUGGAGGACUUAGUUGA